AUGACGUCGCCAUAUGAUUCAAUCGACCCUGAAGUACUUGGGUUAAUUAGUCAGAAUUAUCAAACGUCAUGUCCCGACGUUCAACAACUUUUUUUUAAAGCACUUAGCUCAUGCAAUUCUCAAGGAACAGUUGUUGCAUAUAAACAUUCGUUCUUUCAUCUUAUAUUAGUAAAUCUUUUCAAAAUCACUUGUGAAGAAAUAUUAGAUAAGUUUGAACCGAUGACAAGCAAUACUGUUACCGACAAAGUUUUUUUAUUUACAUAUAAUCAGAUAAAUUACAAAAUAACCUGCGAAUAUGUUCCAUCCCCAAUGGUUGUUGAUAUAUUGAAUAAAAAAGUAUAUGAUGUUGAUACAAACUUUAAUGAGCAGCAGCAACGACCAUUUGUGGAUUUUCCUAAAGGAUAUAAAGUCGACUUUGAGUCUUCCUUGAAACCAUAUUUAGAUGUUUAUCUGGCACAGGUUCACAUUCAAAAUGAUCAAAGUGGUAAUGAAAAUGACGAAUACUUCAUUGAAGCCAAAGAAGAUGAAACAUAUCCGUGUAAAUGGACAAAAGAAAUUACUGAAGAAUUCAUUCGUAUUUUGAAGAAUAAGAUCCAAGAACUUGUUAGGACCGGUUCCAUAUCUAAAAAUAUUUCAAAAAAGCAUUGGGAAAUUGAUAUUAACAGUAAAUGUCAAUAUAAGAAAUCAGUUCAAGAAAUUCUCGAAAUAAUUGAUUCAGGACAAAAAAAUAAGUAA